AUGAAGCAGCCAAAGGUUACAAUUGACAAGAAACGCCAGUUAUUUUGGCGUAAUGUGGUCAAACAAUUCAAUUUCACGGAUCAAUUGGAGCGAGAGAUGCUGUUGUCACUUACGGGAGGCAUUUGCUGGAUGCACAUGCAAGGACUUCCGAUGUACUUUAUCUGUCGCCAUCGAGAGAUCUAUCACCUUAUUUCUACGCCAGAGUAUGAGCGCUCGGGGGCUAUUGGACGUGACGUCACACGCACUUUCAGUAUCUUUGAAAGAAGUCAUGAUAAUCAACUGGAAGCACAACAAAAUGCGCUCUUUCGAGUUCUUAACGCAAUUGCAGAAGCUGAGAAUGGAUACUGUCAGGGUAUGAAUUUUAUUGCAGCGCUCUUCUUAGUUGAAGGGCUGUCAGAGGCUGACGCCUAUGCACUGUUCCUUUACAUGCUCAAAAAGCGUCAUCUAGCGGGAAUUUAUCAUCGCAGUUCCACGUUCUUGGACGAGUAUCUUCAGCACUUUGAACAAAUGUUUAUUCGGGACUUGCCGAUGCUUCACGCACACAUGUUGGCGCAAGGCUUUAUCAUCCCCAUGUACGGCAUCGAAUGGUUUACAACACUGUUUUCGCUGUCGACCAAGAUAGACCUUGCGUGCGCAAUAUUUGAUCUCUUCUUUGUCGGCGUGCAGGACAUUUUCUUGCGAGCAGGUCUAGCCAUGCUCAAGCUCCUGGAGCCCAAGCUCAUGUGCAUGACGUCUGAAGACUUUUUGCGCGAAUUCAAGCCUCUGAUACGAGAGCUGGAUCCGUAUCAGGUUAUUUUACAAGCCCUCGCACUCCAACCAAACCACAAAAUGCACCGCGAGGACACGACUGUGUAUGUAUCUCGCGAGCAUUUUAUUCGAACAAUGGGCACUACUCCUUCUUGCAGUGAUACGAGCGCUUCAAGCAGUGAUAACAGUUGUGCAGAUGGUGACGAAGGAUUUGCCGCUGUCGAUAGCUUUGGAUUGCAUCGAACGCUACCACCCGAGAUGGCAGAGGCAAUUCGAUUAGGAAAUGGUUCACUUGUGCGUCGAUUGUGGGAAGAGCACAUGAUUCGCCGUCACCACAGCACUGACGCUAGUAUCGUACUAGCCAACGAAAUUCUUCACUUCGCUAUCUGGCAUGGGCAGGUGCCGGUUGCUUGCUUUGCGAUCGAUCACUGUAACGCUAAUGUUGACAAUCGGGACGAUGUCGGUCUUACGCCUUUGCAUUUUAGCGUAAUUCGAAAUCAGCCCGACAUGAUACGGCUACUGCUUGCUUACGGUGCGCGUAUGCAGGAGACAAGCAUGCAAAGGCUUUCGCCGUUAGAGUUGGCACAUUGCUGGAAGCGGCGUGACACGACAGCGGCACGCCUUGUAUUGGAGAAACAAGAGGUGUGUUUGUACUGCAACACGAAGUUUGACUUCCUGGCCCUUGAGACAGCAGUGUGUGGCCACUGCGAAUUCCGAUUCUGCUGUAAACCACAACAUGCUCUUUGUAUUUUUAAGCACCAGUGCCCAAAAGCUAGCUGCGUUCGACAGGCUCAAGGAUUUGGAUAUGAUCGUCGGCUGUCUGACCGAACGAUUGCGGCAUCCAACAUUUGCAAUGAAGAUUCGGAACGGAACAACGGAGAGGAUUCAGCUCAAGAUAUGACUAAUGGAUGCAAGGGCCGAUCAAGAGGCUCGAGCACGUCAUCCGCGACGUCUACGUGUACAUCAACGUGUACGUCAACGUCCCGUGAAGUUGAAAAUAGUGUUACACUAAGUUGCGGCAUGCCCGAACUCUCUUCGAUCGAGUUUGUGAGCUCUUCAGCGUUAUGUGGCUCACCAAUGGCGAUAUCGUGGCUAGAGUCACCUCGCUUUGACGACACUGCUUCAGAGACCGUCGGCCAAGCGCUGACUGACCAAGAGACUGGCACUUUUGAAGUUUGGGAGACCGACAGACUAACGUUUCGUGCAUCCUGGCAAGCCCAACGCCCUUUUCUCGAGCUUCCUGAUCGCCCAGAAUGGUACUGCAAUGCUCGUGAAUGCCACUUUGUCUUCACACUAUUCUCGCAAGCCGCCAAGUGCUUGCGGUGUGACGGAUACUUUUGCUCCAAGCAUGUCGUCAAUGGUGACACCAGACGCUGCUUUGACUGUCGGCGAGAUGUUUUCAGCUCUCCCCACUCACACACAACUACCGGACAUUAA